AUGUCUUUCGUUAAAUCUCGUACGGUUGGUAUUUGUUCAUUUGCUAAUUUUAUAAAUGCAGCCGAUAGAGCAAUUAUGCCAAUUGCCAUUAUUCCAAUGGCAAAAGAAUUUAAUUGGAAUUUACGUUUACAAGGUUAUAUACUUUCAGCAUUCCCUAUUGGAUAUUUAACAAGUCAAUUAUUUACUCAUAUUUUUGUAAAACGUUUUGGAACAAAAACUGUUCUUGCUUGUGCUGUGUUUACAUGGUCAUUAGUAACAUUUAUAACACCUUUUAUAGCACCUUGGCCUCUUUUACUUAUAUGUUCAAGAAUUACAUUAGGAUUUGGAGAAGGAUUAGCUCUCCCAACAAUUUUUCAUAUAUUUAGUAAUUAUGUACCAAUGGAAGAACGAUCAAGAUCGUUUAGUUAUCUUAUUGCAUUAGGUUCUGUCGGACAAACAUUUGCAGCUGUGAUAUGCCCUCAUAUGGCUUGGCGUAUUGUUUUUCUUAUUUUUGGUGUUAUGGGAUUUUUUUGGACAUUUUUUUGGAUUAUUACUUAUCGUGAAGGUAGUAAUACUUCUAUUGGAAGUGGAAAUGAAGAAACAUUUUUUCCUUCAACACCUAAAGUAGGUAAUAAAAAUUAUCGAUGGAUUGAAUUUAUUUCACAUUGGCCUUUAUGGGCUAUUUAUAUAGCACAUUUUUCUAUGAAUUGGUCAUCAUAUAUUGUUAUGGUAUGGUUACCAUCUUAUUUAACAAAAACAUUUGAUGCUGAUCCAACUAAUUUAUCAUUUACUGCAUUUCCAUAUGUUAUGAAUUGUUUAUUGGGUGUUGCUGCAGGUCAUUUUGCUGAUUUUCUUAUACAAAAUCGUUGGACAUUAUUAUCCGUACGUCGAUUAAUGACAGCUGUUGGUUUACUUGGACCUGGCUUAUUUAUGCUUCUUUUUAUCUCAGUAGAUAGUUUAUUUCUUGCUUUUGUUUUUAUAUCCAUAAGUAUGGGUUUAAGUGCAUGUAAUUCUGCUGGUCAUUUAUCGAAUCAUGCUGAUAUAGCACCUAAUCAUGCUGGUAUAACAUUUGCUAUAUCAAAUACACUUGCUACUAUACCAGGAAUCUUAGCUGGUCCUGUAACAGCUGAAUUAGUUGUUGCAAGUCAUAAUCGUUGGUUUCCUGUAUUUAUUCUUGCAAGUGCAAUGGCAAAAAGUAAACGAAGUAAACAUAUGCGUGCAAUGCGCAAAAUUCUUCGUGAAAAAUUAUCAAAAAAAGAUGAAGUCAAACGAUUAGCAUCGAUGAAAAAUGAUAAUUUAAUUCCAUCAACUGUACCAAUAAAAGAAUCAACAAUAGAUGAUGAAAUGCAAACUGGUAAUUCAUCAGAAUAUAAUAAUCGAACAUUAAGAAAUAAAGAUGGUCAAUAUCCAUCAUGGUUAAGUGGUCGUCAACGAAAACAUUUACAAGUUAAACAAGCUAUUCUACUUUUCUUUUUUUAUAAUCAUCUUCAAUUAAUUACCAUAUUUCGACAAAUAUUUCGUCGAAUCACUUUGUCAGCUAGUACUGCUGCUAGUAAGGAAGUAAUAGCUGACAAAGUGAAACAAUUAAUAAACAAUCAUAAAGUGAUUAUAUUUUCAAAAACAUCUUGUCCUUAUUGUAUGGCAACAAAAGAUAUUUUUGCUGAAUAUAAAUUAAAGGAUUAUAAAGUAGUUGAACUCGAUCAAAUUGAUAAUGGUUAUGAAUAUCAAGAUGUAUUAGGAAAAAUUACAAAUGCUACAACUGUUCCACGUGUAUUUAUUGCUGGAAAAUGUAUUGGUGGUAGUGAUGAUACAGAAAGGUUACAUGAAAAUGGUGAUUUAGAAAAACGAUUAAAAGAAGUCGAUGCUAUUGGGAAUUAA